CUGAAAGCUGAAAGAAAAAUGCAUUUUAGAUUUGUUUCAGCUAAGGGGGUAAAAAAUUGUUUCUUUGUCAUUAUGUGUUGUGCACUCUGUUCGGAGACUGGAAUAUUUCUGUUGAACUUACGAAUGUAUGUCUGGAUACAGCCGUAGGAAGAGUUCAUAGAAGACAUUUGCAAGAUGAAAUAUUAAUUACCGCCUUGGCAACUGACUUCAACCGCUGCCGCUGAAGUAGUGGGCGUAAAUCCUGCUUUCUCUCCGCAUCAUAAAAUUACUUCUGAAAAUAAGAAGACUGGUGUUUCAAGCAAAUAAUAUGAAGAAGUUAUUCCAACGCUCAUCAGACCUCUUUAAAACGAGUCUUCACCUUCAUUUGGUGGACUCCGUCUCCUCUGCUCCUCCAGUGGGGAGAGUUGGCAGCAUCGCUUGUUGUGUUGAGAGGUUGAAGUUUCUGUCUAGUCGGAACUUUCGUUUUAACUGUUUCUUCUGCCGUACAACUUGCCUUCGAACGUUUUCGCCGCUAAGAAAGACGCCUCUUGUACCUGAAAAACAUUCGAACUUGACUCUUCUGUCAACACCGAACUCUGGCGAAGCAAAAGGAGCCUGAAGCCAGAGUUAGGUUAGAAUGUCCCGGUCCCGCAGCAGGAACUGCCAAUGGGACGCCCUGACGUUUUCUCCGUGAAAUCGUGAAUUGUGGUCUGAGCUGGCCGUUUUGACUGGACUAUGGAAGAGUGCCCGGGCCAGCGCGAUGGCAGCACCAUCUACUACUUCGACGGACACAUGUACCGCAAGAACAGGUCCACCGAGUCGUCUUCGUACUUUCGGUGCGCCACCCGCGGCUGCAUGGGGCGCGUCAUUCACAAGCAUCGGCUGGGCACCAUCGUGGCGGUGUCCCCGCACAACCACGACGCGGACCCCCACAAGCACAACCUGAGGCGGUUCCUGGCCGCGAUGCAGCGAAGGGUCAAUCUGGAAACCAUUCCCAUUCAUGAAAUUUACCUGCAGGAAGCGAGCAGGUUUCCGGGGAUUGAAGAAGUGAUGCCCUACCAAUCGCUGCAGUUGCAAAUGGAGAAGAGACGCAGGUUGCACGAGAUUAACGAAAUGAAUCAAAGCACCGAGAUGAAACAGCUUCAUUUCUUAAACCUUUGUGAUAUUGAGGAUAUGACCAAGAGCAUCAGAGCAAGGGAAGCCCAAGAUCCCCUGUUUCUCAAUGCAUCUGGAGGCUCCAUAUUUUUUGAGCUUAAGACAAAGUGCCUGAGGUUGCAACCGCCCUACUCUGUGUCAAGUAGAAUAGUAAUAAACUGGCUAUGGUGAUGGUUUCAUGUUUUGAGUGGGGUUAAGCAUUUGAUGGUUUGGGCUUCUAGUGUUCUAGUUCUUUGUCUCUGUUCAAUCUGUAUGAAGCUUUUGAAGGAGACGAGCAAAUGCAUGGUGUAUGAGGAACUCCUCUGCAUGGUUUCAAACACAAAACACUUACACUUAACAGACACUUUUCGAUUACCCAACUUUGUUGUCUGAUAUUGUCUUUUAAAGUAAAUUUU